UUUCCAUGAACCGGUGUUGUCCAAACUUUACGUAGCGGAUCCAAAGUUUGUUUAACAAACUAAUAGUGACAUUUCACGGCGGGCAAAGUGUCCUCUCCGUCUCUGGUCGUCUUCGUCUAGCUGUAAAGUAAAGCAAAAGGCGCUGCGAGGUUAGAUAUGACCAAGAAGGACAUAGCUGGUUGGAGUCGAUGACUAGCUAUAGCAAGCCUCGGGUAGCUAAUCCCGGUCAGUGAUUAAUCUGCGUUGGUUAAUCCAUUUAUACUUGUCCUGGUCGAAUGGAGGACAGGACAGGAAGGGGAGUGUCCUACAUUGGUUGUGUGACGCCGCCGGGGCCGCAGUGAGAUGUUCGACGUCGGGCGAGCGGGAAGUUAGUUGGCCAAGUCAGGAAGUUCACACAUCUGAGGACACAACCAGGAAGAAGUCAUGGCGAUCAGAUGGCGACGGUCCCGCUCCACUUUUAGGCUUCUGCUCGCCGGAGCCGCCGUGCUGGCGUGUGUCUUCUACUUCUGGGAUUUCUCCUCGGAGGCGAGCGUCACCCAGCGACGGAAGGCGGAUCUCGAUGACCCGCGGACGCUGAAGAGGCCGGUCUACGAGAAGCCCCCCCUGGAUGUGGGCGCCCCCGGGGAGCUGGGCGCAGGCGUCCAGCUGGACCUGGAUGGGGAGGAGAAGCUGAAGGAGCAGGAGAGCAUCUCAAAGUAUCAGAUCAACAUUUAUGUCAGCGACAAGAUCUCCCUGCACCGCCGGCUGCCGGAGAGGUGGAACCCGCUCUGCAGAGACCUGGAUUACGACUACACGUCCUUGCCCACCACCUCGGUGGUGAUCGCGUUCUACAACGAGGCCCGGUCCACGCUGCUGAGGACGGUCCACAGCGUCCUGGAGACGUCUCCGGACAUCCUUCUCAAGGAGCUGGUCCUGGUGGAUGACUACAGCGACAGAGAUCACCUGAAGGCGCCUCUGGAGGAGUACCUGUCAGGGUUGCGGAAGGUGCGUCUGAUCCGGGCCACCAAAAGGGAGGGCUUGGUGCGAGCCCGCCUCCUCGGGGCGUCCGUCACCACCGGCGACGUGCUGACCUUCCUGGACUGCCACUGCGAGUGUCACGAUGGCUGGCUGGAGCCCCUCCUCCGAAGGAUCCAGGAGGAGCCGUCGGCCGUGGUGUGCCCCGUCAUCGACUCCAUCGACUGGAACACCUUUAAGUAUUUGGGCAACCCCGCCGAUCCUCAGCUCGGGGGGUUUGACUGGCGGCUGGUUUUCACAUGGCACCAGAUCCCGGAGCGUGAGAAGAAACGGCGGCGCUCGCCCACUGACGUCAUCAGGUCUCCAACCAUGGCUGGAGGUUUGUUUGCCAUCAAUAAGAAGUUUUUCACCCACUUGGGGACGUACGACACGGGGAUGGAGGUGUGGGGAGGAGAGAACCUGGAGUUCUCCUUCAGGAUCUGGCAGUGUGGCGGCAGCCUGGAGAUCCACCCGUGCUCUCACGUGGGCCACGUGUUCCCAAAGAAGGCUCCGUACCCGCGCAGCCACGCCCUGGCCAACAGCGUGCGCGCCGCCGAGGUGUGGAUGGACGACCAGAAACGUAUCUACUAUCACCGCAACCCCCACGCCAGAGCGGAGCCGUUCGGCAAUGUGAGCGAGCGACUGAUGCUGCGAGAGAGGCUGGGCUGUAAAAACUUCAAGUGGUACCUGGACAACGUUUACCCAGAGCUCCACGUCCCAGAGGACCGGCCGGGCUUCUUUGGAAUGCUGAAGAACCGGGGCAAGGCCGGCUACUGUUUGGACUACAAUCCUUCAGAUGAAAACAACUGCUUUGGAGAGAGAGUCAUCAUGUACGGGUGUCACGGCUUGGGUCAGAACCAGUUCUUUGAAUACACCACGGAGGGGGAGAUCCGAUACAACACCAGAGUCCCCCCCGGCUGCGUGGAAGGCGACGUCGUCAGCACCUACCUGACGGUCCAAGCGUGCGGGAAACACGGGCCUGCACUCGCCCACCAGAAGUUCCUCCUUCGACACGACGGCAGCCUGUUCCACAGCGUCAGCCGGAAGUGCGUGGAAGCGGGGGACAAGUUCCCGUCCCUGCAGGCCUGCUCGGACAGCCCGCACCAAAAGUGGUUCUUUCAGGAGCAAACCCUUAUGAGGUUUUUCGAUGAAGAAGACACGCCUCCUCUGCUCGCUCGCUGCAUCCUGCACCGGAAUGUACGCCUCCAUGUGGACCCAACACUCAGUGGGCUGUUUGCGCUCACGCCUGCAGAGGGAGCCCAUGCGCCUCCUGAAAGGAAGCUUGAAGGUGGGAAUCUCUGGGGGGAAUUUUCAUCAUCCCGCGUCAGCAGCAGAGGCUGGGAAAAUAAGGGAAAACUGGUCUUGCACUCGCCUUACGCCCCUCCCACACAAAUCUGCAAAACCUUUUUUGAACUUCUACCAACACAAGCCGUGUUUUUGCUUACUUUUUUUAUUCUUCCUUUUGUCGUCCUUUUUUUUUUUUUUUAACUAACGCUUGACUCACAUCCAUGAGAAGACAGACUUGCAUUUCAGCAUUUGCGUCCCAGAUUUUUAGCCAAAUGAUUUUGUAUUUAUUAAAAUUUAUUUUUACAGUUUUUUCCUAUGAAAAGGGGCAGUUUUGUCAGUAGAAAACACACUUAAUUCACCAUAAGUUUGGUAAUAAUUUGUAAAUAUAUGAAUAUACAGGUCAAAUGUACACUAUACACAGACCUGCCCACAAAUCUGAAUGUCUGUAUACUACACUGACUACUGACCAAUGACUGCUGACUACUGACCAAUGACUGCUGACUACUGACCAAUGACUACUGACCAAUGACUACUGACCAAUGACUACUGACCAAUGACUGCUGACCAAUGACUGCUGACCAAUGACCGCUGACCAAUGACCGCUGACUACUGACCAAUGACUACUGACCAAUGACUACUGACCAAUGACUACUGACCAAUGACUAUUGACCAAUGACUAUUGACCAAUGACUACUGACCAAUGACUACUGAGUACUGACCAAUGACUACUGACCAAUGACUACUGACCAAUGACCAAUGACUACUGACCAAUGACUGCUGACCAAUGACUGCUGACCAAUGACUGCUGACCAAUGACCGCUGACUACUGACCAAUGACUACUGACCAAUGACUAUUGACCAAUGACUGCUGACUACUGACCAAUGACUACUGACCAAUGACUACUGACCAAUGACUACUGACCAAUGACUGCUGACUACUGACCAAUGACUACUGACCAAUGACUGCUGACUACUGACCAAUGACUGCUGACUACUGACCAAUGACUGCUGACUACUGACCAAUGACUGCUGACCAAUGACUACUGACCAAUGACUGCUGACCAAUGACUGCUGACCAAUGACUGCUGACCAAUGACCGCUGACUACUGACCAAUGACUACUGACCAAUGACUACUGACCAAUGACUACUGACCAAUGACUAUUGACCAAUGACUAUUGACCAAUGACUACUGACCAAUGACUACUGAGUACUGACCAAUGACUACUGACCAAUGACCAAUGACUACUGACCAAUGACUGCUGACCAAUGACUGCUGACCAAUGACCGCUGACUACUGACCAAUGACUACUGACCAAUGACUAUUGACCAAUGACUGCUGACUACUGACCAAUGACUACUGACCAAUGACUACUGACCAAUGACUACUGACCAAUGACUGCUGACUACUGACCAAUGACUACUGACCAAUGACUGCUGACUACUGACCAAUGACUGCUGACUACUGACCAAUGACUACUGACUACUGACCAAUGACUACUGACCAAUGACUGCUGACUACUGACCAAUGACUGCUGACUACUGACCAAUGACUAUUGACCAAUGACUAUUGACCAAUGACUACUGACCAAUGACUGCUGACUACUACUUUUUUUUCUCAAGCAGUGAGACUCCGCACACUGAAUGCCACAUAGUAUUGUUCUGAAGUGAAAAAGUGAAACUUACACAGUGGAACCUCGGUUUUUGUCUGUUUGUUUGUUCUGAAAAGUCUGACGGACACCGAAAAGUAAGAAAACUGUUGGAACCGUCCAGCUCCUUUUAUUGUAUAAUAUUUAUGAUAUUAUAUUUAUAUUAUAUUGCUGUGAAACGAGUCCUGGACCUCUCGAGGACAGUUUGCAGUUCAAACUCAAUAUUAGCAAUUGCAAUGCUAACGCUGGGGGGGGCAUUAGUGGUCAACCAAGGUUUAACAAACUCCAAUGGAUCUCUUUGAACGGGGAGGGAAAAUAUUCCAUUCCUAACAAAAACAGAUACAUAAAAAUAUUCACAAAAGAUAAUUAUCAUGGUUUUACUUGCAGGCAUUAGUGCAAAAAUGAUUGAGCAACGCUGUUUUUAUUACAUAAAAUAUUGUAUAAUUUUU